AUGGGAGUGCCGGCGUUCUAUAGGUGGCUUGCGGACCGCUACCCUCUCGCGGUGGCGGACGUGAUCGAGGAGGAGCCGGGAGUUGCCGCCGAUGGCCUCCCCCUUGCGGUGGAUCCCUCCAGACCUAACCCUAACGGCGUCGAAUUCGACAAUCUCUACCUAGACAUGAACGGCAUCAUCCAUCCCUGCUUCCACCCCGAAGGCCGGCCUUCACCUGCCACUUAUGAUGAUGUAUUUAGGUCUAUAUUUGCCUACAUUGACCAUCUAUUUGGGCUAAUUCGCCCAAGAAAGCUGCUGUACAUGGCAAUAGAUGGUGUUGCUCCCAGGGCUAAAAUGAAUCAACAGCGCUCUCGGCGUUUUAGAGCUGCAAAAGAUGCAGCUGAGGCAGCUGCUGAAGAGGAAAGAUUGAGAAAAGAGUCUGAGGCUGAACGAAGGAAUUUGUCUGCCCAGGGAAAGCCUGAAACAUCUGACUCAAAUGUUAUCACUCCAGGGACUCAGUUUAUGGCUGUGCUCUCAGUUGUGCUUCAGUAUUAUAUAAAAUUAAGACUGAACCGGACUUCUGGCUGGCAAUAUAUUAAGGUUAUACUCUCUGAUGCGAAUGUUCCUGGUGAGGGAGAACACAAAAUCAUGUCCUACAUCCGGUUACAGCGUAAUCUGCCUGGUUAUGAUCCAAACACACGCCAUUGUCUAUAUGGAUUGGAUGCAGAUCUGAUUAUGCUGUCUUUGGCUACUCAUGAGGUUCACUUCUCAAUUUUAAGAGAGGUGAUCCUGAUGCCUGGACAACAGGAGAAAUGCUUUCUCUGUGGUAAAAUUGGGCAUUUUGCAGCUGAUUGUAGAGGUAAUGCUGAUAAACAAAUUUCUGAGUUGCAGGCUAUGAAUGACACCCCAAUUCACAAAAAGAAAUAUCAGUUCCUUAAUAUCUGGGUUUUGCGAGAGUACUUGGAGAAUGACUUGCAAAUUCCUGAUUCUCCUUUUGAGAUAAACUUUGAGCGGCUUGUGGAUGAUUUUGUCUUUCUAUGUUUCUUUGUGGGAAAUGAUUUUCUCCCACAUAUGCCUACUUUGGAAAUCCGUGAGGGUGCAAUUCAUCUGCUAAUGUUUGUUUAUAGAAGAGAGUUUAGAGCUAUGGGUGGAUAUCUCACACAUGCAGGGGAGGUUUCAUUGGACCGAGUUGAACAUUUUAUCCAGUCAGUAGCAGUUUAUGAAGAGCAAAUUUUUAAGAAGCGCACUCGUAUUCAACAGGCAAUUAAAAAUAAUGAAGAGCAGAAGCUUAAGUUGAAGGGAGAGAAUCUUGAGGAUCCUCUGUUUGCAUCUCCAGACAAGGUAAAAUUAGGAGAACCUGGAUAUAAAGAAAGGUACUACAUGGAGAAAUUUGAAGUAAAAGAGUCAAAGUCAAUUGAUGAUAUUAGGAGAAAUGUUGUCCAGUGCUAUGUAGAAGGCCUUUGCUGGAUCAUGCGAUAUUACUAUCAAGGUGUCUGUUCAUGGCAGUGGUUCUACCCAUACCAUUAUGCUCCAUUUGCAUCUGAUCUUAGAGGUUUGGCCGAUCUGGAGAUCACCUUUUUCCUUGGACAGCCAUUUAAACCAUUUGAUCAACUAAUGGGAACACUCCCUGCUGCUAGUUCAAAUGCAUUGCCCAAGCAUUAUGGAGCAUUGAUGAUGAAUCCAAAAUCACCUUUAAGCUCCUUUUAUCCCGAUGAUUUUGAAAUAGACAUGAAUGGUAAACGCUUUGCAUGGCAGGGUGUUGCCAAGCUGCCGUUCAUUGAUGAGAGACGUCUACUUGCUGAGACGAAGAAGCUUGAGGAUACGUUGACGGAGGAAGAAAAGUUUCGGAACACAAUGAUGUUUGAUAUAAUUUAUGUUUACAUAAAUCAUCCUUUGGCUUCACAAAUUUAUACACUAUAUCAGAUGUGCUAUCAGCUUUCUUUUCAAGAAGCACCAAUUACUCCGAUUGAUGCAGGUGUUAGUGAUGGAAUGAAUGGAUUCCUUUGUCUAUGUGAGAGGAACUUUUACAGCGUAACGAUACUUGCACCGGUGAAAGGGUUGAGCAGUCUUGAAAAUAACCAAGUUUUGAACGCCACUUAUCUUAAUCCUACAUACCACCAGCAUAUUCCAGAACCUCCUGAAGGUGUGAUCACACCUGAAAAGGUUUUGAAACCUCAAGACAUUAAACCAUUCCCUGUGUUAUGGCAUGAAGACAAUAGUCGACAUCAGCCUGGCAGAGAGAGGUCACAGCUGUCUGUAGCUAGAUCGGGUCCGCACCUAGGUGCAGCAGCCCAUCGUCUCCUGAAAAAUACACUGCAGCUGAAGACCAACGUCUCAGGAUUGCUUGACAGACCCUACAAGAAUGCCCUGCAGGCAGUUUACAAGCCAAGGCCAACCGGACCUCUAGGGCACAAGAGAAGCUUUGUCCGAGACCUGAGCUAUUACCGUUCCUCAAAUCACAAGCCCAGAGAUUUUCCAAAUUCUCAGUCAGUUCAGAACUCCAAUGAAGCCGAAUGCAGCAGGCAGAACCUCAGAAUACAGGAAAAGUUGAUUUCUCAAAAUCAGCAGCAGAAUAUAUAUAUAGGGAUGUCAAAUAUGAGAAUUGAUGAGCAGGAAAAUUGCCAACAACAUCCAAAGAUGCCAGAUGAUGAGUUCUGUUCAAAUCGGCGGCAGCCUAUCCUAAAUGGACCUCCAUUGCCUUUGCCUCCCACAAACUGGAUCCGUAGGCAAUCUGUAAGAGACCCCUCAGGUCGAACAUGAAAAGCAGCAGGAGGUGAAGGAUGUGUACCGAAUUAGAUUAGGAGCACCUCAACACGAAUUAAAUUCUAGAGGCCGCAGGAGGUGCAGGAUGUGUACCCAAUUAGGUUAGGAACUCGACCAAUUAAACUCUAGAAUUCAGCAGUGAUGAUGGUGUCCGCUAACAAAUUUUUCAAUCUUUUAGACAUUGUUCAGAAAUGUAAUGUCUUCCAGAAGUAUCAUGUUGGUAUUUGGCCAGUUGUUUUUAUAUGACAUUUUUUAUAGUAUCUUGAUGUAAGACCAGUGUACAAGGGGUCAAGGAACUUGUUACCCGUGGAAUGCUUUGUAGCUUAUGUUUUCCCCCUUCCCCUUGCUGUUAUGAAUGUAACAAUUGCUCUAUUUAAGGAAGCUGCGUCAC